AAUUUUAUUAUUAUAUAUUUUAGGUAAUUGGCUGUAGGAGCACGCUCUUGAAAAAAAUAACUGCAUUUCUGAUUUGUGUAAUCGUAACACGAUCAUCUAAUAUAUAUAGUAUUGAAGACCGAAAAUAACCGAAAUUAUGUUUAACUUAUUUUUUAAAUUUGGAAAAUAAUUAAAAUAAUUAAUUUAAUGGUUUUAUUAUGAUGUCUGAUUAUAAUGAUUAUAAUGGUGAUGGUAAUAGAUACGAAGAUUGGGGGGCAUUAAACGCAAAUGAUAGAAAUGUCCAAAAUGAUAGUUUCCGAGAGAUGGAAAAUGUCAUGCGACAGAUCAAAGAAAAAUGGGAUUUCAUGAUAAAUGAAGAUUUUAAUCCUGUUCCUCUUGCUUUGGAAUUACUUGAUGGCAGUUCACUUGGCAAGGAUUACGGAGUAUUUAAACAAAUGAACAGCAAUUUAGAUAAAGCUCUUCAAUAUAUUGUUGAUGAUUAUUAUCAAGGGUUUAACAGUUCAAUUGGUACAUUUGGAGGAGUUAUCCAUAAUAUUGGAGAUUCUCAGGAAAGAGUAAAAGAUAUGAAGACACAACUUAAAGUAUGUAAAGAAUCAUUGAUGUCAAAACGUUCAGAUCUUCUUCAAUUGUGGUUUCGUAGCCAACAAUAUAAAGAGAUGAUUCGUAUAUUAGAUCAAAUAGAAGAGUUUAAGGAAAUACCAGAAAAAUUGGAGGCUUUAUUAAGAGAAAAGCAUUUUUUAACAGCUUCUAAAAUGUUAUUGGAUGUAAUAAAAACCUUAGGAAAAAAAGAAAUGGCUGGAAUCGGAGCUUUAUCGGAUUUAAGAAGAUACCUUAAGGCACAACAAAGUUCACUUCACGAACUUUUGAUUGAGGAGUUACACAACCAUUUAUAUCUAAAAAAUUCAUAUUGUGAUAGUAAAUGGGUAAAGUACAUUAAGGAUCAGAAAUCAUUGCCUUCAUCGCUCAUGGAAUGGAAUUCCGGAAAGGAAUUCCGCAAGGUAAGUUAUAUUACAUCAAGGAAUAAAAAGAAUUUACAAGUCGAUACUGCUAUUGUUACAAGCGUACCACUUAGCCCUAGAUCGCCUAAACCCUUUAGCACUGUAAAUCUUAAUGAUGAAGAUGAAAGAAUUACAGAAAACACUGAUAUAAAUCCUGAAACCGACUCAUUUUAUUACAUGGAAAUUUUAAUGGAAUCUCUUGCUACUUUAGGAAAAUUACCACAAGCGCUUGAAACCAUAACACAAAGAAUUCCAAUAGAAUUAUAUCAAUUAGUUGAUAAGACAGUUGCUGAAGUGGAAGAAAGGAAUUCAGAUAUUUAUAGCCAAAAAUCGAAGAAUGAUGAUAUAAUAGAUAUAUUUACGUUAGAUUCUCCGGAAAAUGAUUCCCAAAUGGAAAUAUUAAGAGACCUACUUUGGACUACAUAUUCUAAAUUAGAUGCGGUACUACAAGGGCAUAGGUUUAUUCUUGACAUUGUAGAAAGGAUUAGCAAGAGACCAGAAUACGCAAAGGUUACAGAUGAGUCACGAAAGAUUAGAGUUUACCCUUUCGUUGAAAUUUGGAAACCUGUACAAAGUGAGGUUCGAACUCUUUUACGUGAUUAUAUUACAGAAGACGAGAGAGAGUCUGUUUCGGAAAAUAAUCCCGAGGCUUCGUUUCAAGAUAUGAUAAAAGAUAAGCGGGCUCGUGACUCUUCUAAACAAUUGUUUAGAUUUGGAGAUUCAGUACCAAAUAAAGAGUUAGAUAAAUAUUAUGAACGGGAUGUUUCAACAGUACUUAAAGAAUCAUUACCAGAAGUGUUUACAAAAGUACCGGAUGAAAGACAAUUAUCAGUAUUCGUAGUUGAUAGAUUUGCAAAUACAAAUAUGACAGCAGGGCAUAGACUUGUUGUUAAGCCUGAUGCAUUUAAUGUAUCAGUUUUAUUUAAACCAACUCUUGCGUUUUUAGAUAAAGUUAAAACUAUUAUACCACCUAGUGCGCAACAUUCUUCUGCGGAUUUCACAACUUUCUUGGACGACUUUGUAUUUAAUGUAUUCUUACCACAGAUUGGCGAUAAAAUAUUUGAAUUAUUUCGUCAAGCUACAACUGGUUCAGAUGCAUUCCAAGAAGAUCCAAAUUACAAAACUUAUUCUACAUUGCCCGUUGUCAAAAGCGCAUCUUCAUUAAUGAUGAUUAUAGAAAGUCUUUGUGCUAUGCUUCAUACUAUGGCAAGCCACAAAGAAGAAUAUAAUAAAAUGAUCAUUUCUCUACUUACACGAUAUUAUGUAAGGUGUUUUGAGCAAUAUCAAGCAAUUGUAUCAAAGAAUAAAGGUGAUGCAAAUGUAAAAGAUGAUGCAAAUAAUCAGGGAAUUAGUGCCAUUUGGGUACAACAAGAUCAAUUAUCUGAAGUUCUAGGACAAUAUCCCUACCUUGCUGAAGAUAAUGUUAGAAAUCGAAGAAAAAGGAAAAUGUUUUGUGAUAAGGAAACGAGAAUUGAAAUGAAUUUUAAGAAGAAUCGAGAGAUUAGCGCAGGACAAUUAAUCACUGAGAAUAAGAGAUUAACAGCUUUGUCAAAUCUUUACCAUAGUUUGAAAUGGUUUGUCGCCAAAAUUUGGGAACUUCGCGGUAGAGAUUCUAAACCGAAACCGAUAAGCUCAAAAAUGGAUGAUGGAAAUUUGGCUAAAUUAAGUCGUCGUUGGUCAUUAUAUGGUGGUGUUAAUGUUAAUGCACAUGCUAUUGCUAAAGAGAAUGAGAAGAAAAAAGAAAUUGAUGAAGAAAAAGAGUGUAGUUUACCGUUAACAGGAGAAAUGGCAAAUCGAUUUGAUGCAUUGUUGGCUACUUUUCAACAAUUGGCGGAACAAUCCUUGUUUACCUUGAGAGUUGAAUUGCGAUGCCAUACAUUACAUUAUGUUGAUAAAGCAAUGCGGGAGGGUAAUUAUCAACUUGAAUAUGAAGCAUAUGAACCUGAUCCAUUUGUUUUAACACUUAAUACAGAUGUGGUAAAAUAUGAUGAGAGUAUUGUAUCUCAUUUACCAGCUAAAGAACACAAAUUUAUAUUCGAAGGACUUGAUUCAUUGAUGGAACAUGUGUUAGUGAAUAAUGCAAUUUACACUAGAAAUUUAAAUAAAAAUGGUGUCAUGAAAAUGACACGUAACAUACUUGCAUUACAACAAAAUUUGAAAAAUAUUGUUGAAACACCGGGAGAAAUUUCUUUGGAAAGAGCCAGAAGAUAUUACGAAAUGUUUAACAUGGGACCUGUCAAUAUGUUGAAUCAGAUUAGAGAACAAGGAGCUAUAUAUUCUUUUGAAGAGUAUAAAAUCAUGUUGGAAAUUAUGUAUAAAAUUGACCCAGCAGAAGAUCAAACUGUACCUACUCCUCGUGCUGAAAAUCCAUCUUCCAAUAGAAGAUUGUAUAACGAAAAUCUUUUGGAAUUAAAUGAAUUAAUGCUUGAUUUUCUUUAAUUUAAUAUAUUACGUAAUUUUAUUUGUUAGUUCUUAUAUUUAUUUAUUUAUAUUUU